CUUUAAACUCGCCGUUUGCACUAGAAAUCUCUAGAACGUUCAGCUGAUGAAAUAAACAUCUUACAAAACAACGAAUUACACGCUUUAUUUCGACAUUUUAUAAAAUAUUUGCAUUGUCUGGCAUACGUUGCAGACGUUUACAAAGAUGUUUUCUGUAAGGAUUUCUACAAUUCCUAUGAGUGCCUUUGUCAGCACUCUUGCCAGCAAGCCCCAGGCAUUAAAGGCAGUAGCCUUGCGGACGCACAAUGUGAUGCGUGUACAGAAAUAUGCUCAGCAGGCUGGUAGCCGGUUCACACGGCGUCAAGCUACAAAGGAGACAACCAAACAGACAUGGAAGGAGAAGGCAAUGGCUCCUGCUGGAACAGGAGCCUUUUCAGCCGGCCGAGGCUUGGUAGCUGCUGCCUCAGGCAUUGGUCUCGCAGCCUUCGGCUUUUAUGGACUUGGUUUGUCGAAUGAGCCUGGCGUCAUUGAAAACUCCAGGCUCUGGCCAGACUUUGUGAAGGAGCGUGUUCGAUCAACAUACAUGUAUUUCGCGGGUGGCCUCGGAGUGACUGCAGCCACUGCUGUAGCUGUCAGCAAAAAUGCUGCACUCAUGAACAUCAUGACUAAGAACUCUCUUCUGGCUAUUGGUGCAACGUUUGCAGUGAUGAUUGGCACCAACAUGGUGACCCAUUCCAUACCAUACAAGAAGGGAUUUGGGGCAAAGCAGCUGGCAUGGUUGACUCAUGCGGCAGUGUUGGGCGCCAUUGUGGCCCCGAUCACAUUCCUUGGCGGCCCUGUCCUUCUGCGAGCAGCCUGGAUGACUGCUGGGGUUGUUGGAGGCUUAUCAACAAUAGCUAUGUGUGCUCCGAGUGAAAAGUUCCUGAACAUGGCAGGGCCUCUGGCAUGUGGAUUGGGCUUGGUCUUUGCCUCUUCAAUUGCUGGUGCAUUCCUGCCCCCAACAACCGCCAUGGGAGCUGGCCUGUACUCUAUCAGCAUCUAUGGAGGCCUUGUGUUGUUUGGAAUGUUCCUGUUAUAUGACACACAGAAGAUCAUGAAGAAGGCAGAGACCCAUCCUGUCUACGGUGUGCAGCCCUAUGACCCUGUCAAUGCUUCUCUUGGAAUAUAUGCUGACACACUGAACAUUUUCAUCAGACUCGCCAUGAUUCUCGGAGGUAACAGGAAAAAGUGAACAACUCUCAAGAUGUUUUUCUUCCUUCAAGACAAUUAAAUGUGGUGCAUUUUAAAAAUAACAGUUUAUAACUCUUCAUUGCCAAGGUUCUACUGAUUGUUUUUGAAACUAACCAGAGCUUCAUGUAGAGGAAAUAACAGAACAAUGCUUGGUGCAAAUGGAUAUGGAAAUUGGGUUGUUAACAUUUUCAAUAUCUGAAGUUGACCAAGAUGACAAUGUUACAUGUACUUAUUAUACGUGCUUUAACAUUAAUGAGUUAAAUAGACAUGUUAGCUUAAAUUAUAUAUGAAAGUUAUGUUUUUAUUGUGUAAAUAGCUGUUUCUGUAAUUGUGUUUGUUUUGAGAUAAAAUAUGGAAAAUGAAA